UGCGCCGGGUUCCCGCCGCGCGCCGGGGGGAAACUUUUCCUGCUGCAGCGGCGCCGCUGGGCGAAGCGCGCGGACGUCGCGCGCGCGACCUCGCCACUGCUGCCCUCGCCCCCGGCCGGGCGCCAUGGCCGGGGCCAGCGGGCGGGGCCGCGGCCGCCGCUUUGUCCCAGGCGCCGGGUGGCGGCCGGCGGGCGGGCGCUGAGGAGCGGGCGGGCAGGCAGGCGGGCAGGCAGGCAUGGCUUCCCCGCCCGGCGGCGAGCAGCGGGCUCUGGGGGAGCGGGUGGCGGCGCUGGAGGCGGACCUGACCGCCUGCCGCGGGCAGCUGGAGCGGGCGCAGCGCCGGUUGCGCCGCACCGAGCGCCUCUACCGCGAGGCGCGGGAGGACAGCGAGGCGCUGAGGAGACAGGUUGAAGAGCUUACUAAGGAAAUCCACAAUAGAAAAGAGAAAGAUACGUCUAGCGUAGAAAUCCAGACGGAGGACUAUGCUGCAUGGUCACAAGCAGAUUAUUACUACUAUGAAGAUUAUUACAAUCACACUGAUACUCAAGAUCAUGCUUCUGAACUGCCAGUACAGCACAAUCAUGGGACUGAAGGCACUGAGCAUAAUUCCCCAGAGGAAUUGCAGACAGGUGUUAAUAUUCCUUUAAGGAUGGAUAGCACCAAAGUUGCUGAAGGUGGAGAAGAGGAAAAUUUUGUCCAGAAUUCACAGGAAGCAGAAGAUACUUCAGUACCAGAGGGUUCUUUGGCAGAGAGCUUGAGAGCUGCUGCAGAAGCUGCUGUUUCACAAACCGGAUUUAUUUACGAUGAAAAUACAGGAUUGUAUUAUGACCAUAGCACUGGAUUCUACUAUAAUUCGGAAAAUCAACUGUAUUAUGAUCCAGCAACUGGAAUUUAUUACUACUGUGAUGUGGAAAGUGGCCGAUACCAGUUUCAUUCACGAGUGGAUCUGCAGUCUUAUCAGGCCUCUGGUACUAAGCACACCAAAGAUAAAAAAGGGAAAAAGAAGAGAAAAGAACCAAAUGAGUAUAAGGAUUUGGACACAGAAGAGCAGAAAUCAUCUAAUAGUCUGAAUUGCUUUUCCGCUACUGAGCAAGUAAGUUCUACUGAAGAAGAAGAGUCUCCAAACAUAAGAAAGAAGACUAAAAUGGACACAAAACCACAAAACAGUCUAACAGCCAAAGAAUCAAUUUCUACAGACAGUAUAAAUUCACAUUCACACAAAAGUACACCAGAUACUGCAGCAUAUACAGAUGACAGUAGAACAGCAGACACAGAGAGUGAGCCAGAAGAAGGUGAAAUUACAGAUUCUGAGUGCGAAGCCUACAGCAGUGAGGAUGAAGUAACAAGUGAAGAAACUUCUGAUUCAGAAGACUCGGAAAUCGAAGAUGAAGAAAAGAUCUGGCCUCCUUGUAUCAGAGUGAUUGUAAUAAGAUCACCAGUUCUACAGACUGGAUCACUUUAUAUUAUCACAGCUGUGAAACCUGCUACAAUUGGAAGAGAAAAAGAUGUUGGACACACACUUCAGAUUCCUGAAGUUGGAGUCAGUAAGUUCCAUGCAGAAGUAUAUUUUGACCAUGAUUUGCAAAAUUAUGUUCUCGUGGAUCAAGGCAGUCAGAAUGGAACGGUUGUUAAUGGAAAUCAGAUUCUCCAGCCUAAAACAAAAUGUGAUCCCUACAUCUUGGAGCAUGGAGAUGAAGUGAAGAUUGGUGAAACCGUACUUUCUUUUCAUAUACAUCCUGGCAGCGAUACUUGUGAUGGAUGUGAACCAGGACAAGUCAGAGCACAUCUUCGCCUGGACAGGAAAAAGGAAUCUUCUGUUUGUCCAGCACUUAGCAAAGAAGAGAGAGAGUUAGUCAGAAGAAAAGCAUUAAAACAAAUACGGGUAAAAUAUGGUUUACAGAACACAGAGUAUGAAGACAACAAAGCAGUGAAGAAUCCAAAGUACAAAGAUAGAGCAGGAAGACGCAGAGAGACCAUUGGAAGUGAAGGAACCUUCCAGAGAGAUGAUAGUCCAGCUUCUGUUCAUAUUGAAAUCAGCAACAGCAACAAAGGACAUAAAAUGUUGGAGAAGAUGGGGUGGAAGAAGGGGGAAGGCCUGGGCAAGGAUGGUGGUGGUAUGAAGGAUCCGAUCCACCUUCAGUUACAUAAAACACAUGCAGGUUUGGGUACCAGUAGACCAGCCUCAGUUGAAGAUGUUCAGAUAAUCCAGAGCAAGAAUAAAAAGAACUGGGAUAAAGCAAGAGAAAGGUUUGCUGAAAACUUCCAAGAACCUAAAUCACAAAGGGAUACGCCUAAGACUACACCUUGGAUUAGAGGGACUGUAGAAUAAAGUAUCUGAUCCCACAGCAGGGUAAUUCCUGUGUGUAAAUAGUUGGAAGAGAAUUUAUUUUUGUUCUUUUUUCUUUUGCUAAAGCAGAAGUUUGGUGAUAUGUAAAAUAAAGUUGUGGAAAAAAUUAUACAAGAUUAACACUAUUAUGUUAAUUGGUUUUCUGUAGUCUUCACGCUUUUAUAAAAACACAUUUUUAAUAAGAAAUUAAUGGAAUAUAGAAGGGGAUAUUAAAAUUUAAGUACUUGAAAGUGAUUCUCAUCAUGAGCAGAAGUUUCUUCAAUUGUGUUUUUAACACAGUUCUUCAUGGAAAGUCAAACAAAACAUCUGUUUUAAAUAUGAUACCUUUCACAUUUGAACAGUGGUUUAAAAGCAAGCUGAAACAAACAGAAAAAAGAAAAUCCUGUGGACCCCUACUACCAGAGUAUCAUAUUGUCAUUUCCUCUCUUGUAUGUUUAUUCACGUUUGCCAUAAAAUGCUCAGCAAGGGUACACUACUCCUGAAUUCAUACAGUUCAGUACUAAUUACAUGUCUCAGCUUACCUUAAGGGGGAAAAAACCUUUUUAAAUGAUUCAUCAGUACUGUUCAAAAAUAAAUACUGUACUCCAUGAAAUAAACUACCAGCAUUGGUGAAGAAAACAAUGUUCAGAGGUGGCUUGUAGCAAAAUUUUCUUCUGUGAAGAACUUGCUUGAGAUUUGUUUAGUAAAUCUGUAUCAUGCCUUUUAAAGAGGAGGUAUGUUUAGAAAACUGCUGUCUGUGUGUAUUAUUUAUUAACUUCUUGUUCUGAUACAUCCAUUGCUGGCAAUGGAGUUUAUGCCAGAAAAAAACCCCAACCAACUGAUUUUUGGUGGGGAAGGAUUGCCAAACUAAAGCUAAAAGCUUGGUGUUUAUUGAUGUCCCUGAACACAAUAAAUAACUGUCAAUUUAA